CGGAUCCGGCAUCUAGCUUCGCCCUUCUCGUCUACCUUCAUCGCUCUCCGGACCUUACGCAGAUUUUCCGCGAUGGGUGGAGGCGCGCAAACAGUUAGCACCUCCGAAAGACUGGCCACUCUCCGCCAAUUUCUUGCCCAAGAACAGGUCCAUGCAUUCGUCGUACCCAGCGAGGAUCAACACUCAAGCGAAUACCUGGCAACUUGUGAUGAACGACGAGCUUUCAUUUCAGGGUUCAAUGGGUCUGCUGGAUGUGCAAUAGUCACACAGAAGGAAGCAUUGCUGUUCACCGAUGGCCGAUAUUUCCUGCAGGCUGAGCAACAGCUCGACGAAAACUGGACAUUAAUGAAACAAGGGCUGCCAGAUGUACCGACCUGGCAAGAAUUUCUCUCCAAGAAACUUCCUGCCUCUUCGCGCAUUGGCAUCGACCCCACCCUUAUUUCCGCAACCGAUGCUGAUGGCCUCAACAAAGCGCUGAAACCAAAGGAAUCUGCCCUUGUCUCUCUAAGCAAAAAUCCCGUCGACUCCGUCUGGGCUGAAAAUCGUCCCGCUCGACCUAAGAGUCGUAUCGCAUCUCUCGAUGUCAAGUUCUCUGGUGAAUCCCAUCUGUCUAAAAUUGCUCGGCUACGAGAAGAGUUAGCGAAACGGGAACCCAAAGCUAGUGCAAUGGUAGUCACGAUGCUCGAUGAGGUCGCAUGGCUCUUCAACCUCCGCGGUGCAGAUAUUGCUUAUAAUCCCGUGUUCUUUGCGUAUGCAGUCGUCACUCUGGACAAGGCUACCCUUUUUGUCAACCCAGAGCAGCUUGAUGACAAUGCGCGAGCCGCGUUGGGAGGCGAGAUCGAAGUGAAGAGUUACGACUCGUUCUUUUCUUCGCUGAAGGGGAUUGCUGUGGAUGGUUCCACGGUACUGCUGGGAGACAAGUCAAGUCUUGCUGUUGCGGAGGCUGUUGGUGAGGGGAAUUACACACUAGCUCUCUCGCCAAUCGCGGAGAUGAAAUCGAUAAAAAACCCGACUGAGUUAGAAGGGUUCAGGCAAUCCCACAUUCGCGAUGGCGCUGCUUUGGCGCGAUAUUUUGCGUGGCUGGAGGAACAGUUAAAUGAUGGGGUGGUAGUGAACGAAAGUCAAGCAGCGGACAAGUUGGAAGAGUACAGAAGCGAGCUGGAAUUGUUUGCUGGGUUGUCAUUCCCCACGAUUUCUUCAACUGGACCCAAUGGCGCGAUCAUCCAUUACUGCCCUGACGCAAACGAUUGCGCGGUUGUCAAAAAAGACCAGAUCUAUCUUUGCGAUUCUGGAGCGCAAUUCUUUGACGGUACCACAGAUGUGACUAGAACAUGGCAUUUUGGCACACCGACAGCAGAGGAGAAGAGGGCUUUCACUCGUGUUCUACAAGGACACAUCGCCAUUGAUGCAGCUGUAUUUCCGGUUGGAACAACUGGAUAUCUUUUGGAUCCGUUUGCUCGAAAGUUUUUGUGGCAAGAUGGUUUAGACUAUCGUCACGGAACUGGUCAUGGCGUUGGCCACUACCUAAAUGUUCAUGAAGGUCCUCAUGGAAUGGGUGUUCGGAUCGCAUACAACUCCACUCCGUUAAAGGCUGGCAUGACUGUCUCCAACGAGCCAGGUUACUACGCAGAUGGUCGCUUUGGUAUUCGCAUCGAGAAUAUUGUCCUUGUCCGCAAAGUUGAAACACCCAAUAACUUUGGCGACAAAGGCUUCCUAGGAUUCGAGCAUGUCACGAUGUGUCCCAUCCAAACCAAGCUGAUUGACCAGUCGAUUUUCUCAGCAGAGGAGACUCGUUGGAUUAACGAAUAUCAUGCGGAGAUUCUCAGCAAGGUGGAAGGAUUGUUAAAGAACGACGAGAGGGCGCUGAACUGGUUGAGGCGAGAAUGUGCACCAAUCUAA